AGCAGCGGUGCAGGUGCGGGUCUCCCACCCAAGUUCUCACCAGAAAGGGGUGCCAGGAUGGGAUUGGGGGCACAGGCGACACGGGGUGAGAGGGUGCUACCAGCCCUCUAAGCAGGCCUCUCCCCCUUCCUCCUGCAGAUGCCCGUGAGCCUCCCCACAGCCCUGCGUGUUUUGGGGACCACCCUCUUUGCCGUGACUGUGCUGGGGGGCAUCCUGGCUGCCUACGUCACGGGCUACCAGUUCAUCCACACAGAGCAGCAUUACCUGUCCUUCGGGCUGUACGGAGCCAUCUUGGGCCUCCAUCUCUUCGUCCAGAGUUUCUUUGCCUUCCUGGAGCACCGGCAGAUGCGCCUGGAGGGGCGGCCCCUGAAGCUUCAAGCCUCGGUGGCCCUCUGCAUCGCUGCCUACCAAGAGGACCCUGACUACCUGCGCAAAUGCCUGCGCUCCAUCCAGCGUGUCUCCUUCCCUGGCCUCAAGGUGGUGAUGGUCGUGGAUGGCAACGGGGAGGAGGACGCCUACAUGCUGGACAUCUUCAACGAAGUGAUGGGCUCCGAGCAGACCAGCUGCUACAUCUGGAACAGCAACUUCCACGCUCAGGGGAUGGGCGAGACUGAGGGUGGCCACCUGAAGGCCAUGCAGCACGUCCAGAACCUUGUCCGCCACCACACCUACUCCUGUAUCAUGCAGAAGUGGGGUGGGAAGCGGGAAGUGAUGUACACGGCCUUCCGUGCCCUCGGGGACUCGGUGGAUUAUGUGCAGGUGUGUGACUCGGACACUGUUCUGGAUCCAGCCUGCACAGUGGAGAUGCUCCGGAUCCUGGAGGAGGACUCCCAUGUCGGUGGUGUCGGUGGAGAUGUCCAGAUCCUCAACAAGUACGACUCGUGGAUCUCCUUCCUGAGCAGCGUGCGAUACUGGAUGGCAUUCAACGUGGAGCGGGCCUGCCAGUCCUACUUUGGGUGCGUCCAGUGCAUCAGCGGGCCCCUGGGUAUGUACCGCAACUCUCUGCUGCAGCGGUUCCUGGAAGACUGGUACAACCAGACCUUCCUGGGUAGCAAGUGCAGUUUUGGGGACGACCGGCACCUCACCAACCGUGUCCUGAGCCUGGGGUACCAGACGAAGUACACGGCUCGCUCCAGGUGCCUGACUGAGACCCCCACCCACUACCUGCGCUGGCUCAACCAGCAGACCCGCUGGAGCAAGUCCUAUUUCCGGGAGUGGCUCUACAACGCGCUCUGGUUCCACAAGCACCACCUUUGGAUGACCUACGAGUCUGUGGUCACCGGCUUCUUCCCAUUCUUCCUCAUUGCCACCGUCAUCCAGCUCUUCUACCGUGGCCGUGUCUGGAAUAUCCUUCUUUUCCUCUUGACGGUGCAGCUGGUGGGCAUCGUCAAGGCCACCUAUGCCUGCUUCCUGCGGGGCAACGCUGAGAUGAUCUUCAUGUCCCUCUACUCCUUGCUGUACAUGUCCAGCCUCCUGCCAGCCAAAAUGUUUGCCAUCGCCACCAUCACAAAGUCCGGCUGGGGCACCUCUGGGAGGAAGACAAUUGUGGUCAACUCCAUUGGCCUCAUCCCCGUCUCCGUCUGGGUGGCGGUGCUGCUGGGCGGGCUGGCUUACACGGCCUGCCGCCAGGAUCUUUUCACAGACACUGAGCUGGUCUUCCUCAUCUCGGGGGCCAUCUUGUAUGCCUGCUACUGGGUGGCCCUGCUCACCCUCUACCUGGCCAUCGUGGCCAGGCGCUGCAGCAAGCCGCAGGAGCAGUACAGCUUGGCACUUGCAGAGGUGUGACGCCGCAGGAGAAUGAAGAUGGAGGGGAGCCGGUGCAAGAAUCCCCAUGGACUAGCGGUUUCCCUGUGCGGCUGAGAUGUGUGGGAAGGGCUGGCCCCGCCCUACUUGAGACAGCCUUCACGUUGUCAGUCUGGGAAGCAGCUGGCAGACUCAGCAAUCUGAAACGUUUCUGCUCUAGGACCUUGCUGAAGGGCCGCUGCCUGGCAGAAGGACGCCCUCAGACUCCCGUGAAGGUCCCUACCAGCAGGCUCACCAGCCCUCCUAUGUGAACAACUUUCCCGAGGGUGCUAGAGUGGCAUUCUCCUGAGUGCGUGGCAGUGGUGGCUGCCUCCUAAGGGAAGCCUCCGGGGCGGGGGGUCUACCCAGGCCCUCUUUGGUGUAUGUGUCUGUAGGGAAUGCGAUAUGGUUUCUUCUGGUUGCUUCGCUGCAGGAAGGACGAGGUGUGUGAAGGCCAGAAACCUCC